UGUUUCAUUGUUAUUUUUACUCAGUAUUAAAGGACAAAAAGACAGUUUCUGUCAUCUCAAUUAAAAUAAUACGUUUAUGUGAUUCUUCCAGUUUUUAAGACUGUUUUAAGCAGAGUGAGAGCUAAAAAAGCAUUGAUAGAUAAUGACUGAUGCAUACAGGAUGAUAUCAAGUUUUGUGCUUAUUUUUAUAUGUUGCUCAACAGCAUACGCAAGACCCUAUUAUGAACAGGAAAACGAUCUACUGCUACAGCUAGAAGAUGUUAUCCAGGAUGAAGACAUCAAUCAGCUUUCCCCGAAAGAAAUACUGAAUGAAAUUUUUGAUUUAAGUGAAGACGUGAGCGAGGACUAUUUGCCAAGACUUCAAUCAUUAUUAGCUAACAAAGGGAAAAGGAAAAGGGUACGGUGUUAUUACUUAGACGAUGGUACCGUUGUUUGCGUGAAAAAGAAAGCUAAAUAUGGAGAUGAAAAAUGCACAUCAAGUCAAACAUUCUUUAAAGGGAGAUGCAUUGAUUGAAGGAAACUUCUGCCUUUUAUUAUUAUCCUUAUUAUUUACAUAAUUAGGAACACGUUUGCUGCUAUGUAUGUCUUAUCACACACACAAAAACAUGUAUUUCCUUAUAUUCUUACUACUUUGUUGUGUUUUUUAUAUUUUGUACUUUCUUUUAUACAAAUAUUCCUAAAAUACAAUGACAGCAGAUAAAUACGUUGUUGUUGAUGUGAAAAAGAAGUGAUGUGGCUUCGUAAAAGCAGGUGGAGUUUGAAGGUAGGGUACUCAACCUUCUUGGUCCAGGGGAAAUUACUCUUUUCCUUCUUAUGAAAAAACUUCUGAUGCUUUAGAAGUACAAACUUUCUCGAAAUAAAUCUUUUGCGAGUUUUUAUCAAUUUGAAGUAACUGUAGGAACACCAAAAAUAAAGCUCUUCCAAGUGAAGUGUACAUCGAGGUGUCAACCGAUACAUGUGAGUGGAUUUUUUGCCGAUGACAGGUCUCGCAACAGUGAAUGGAAUUCUUAUUUCUUAAAAGCAAUGCUUGAACGAUG